AGAGAGGCGCAACUGCCGGAGGCCAUGUAUCAAGCAACGCGAGGGGAGGACAUCCCUCACACAAUAUUCAUUCCGAUGUCGACUCGUACUGGUCCUUAUGCAACCAUUCCUCCUUACAAUGGGGGACGCUUCCCUCCAGCAGCAGCAGCAGUCCCUCCCCCAGGAGGUCAAUCAAAAGUAGAGGGGUCUGGUCGUAAGGCUGGUACUGCAAACUACUCAGAAGAAGAGCUCGUCUCAUUGAUGACUCUCAUCAAGGAGAUUCUUCCCAUUGGUAAGGGAGACUGGCUCAUGGUGGUUCACAGACAUGGACAAGACUGGCCCUAUGGAAGAACAAAGGAUUCCAUUAAAACCAAGUUCAAUCGCUUGAGGAGAAUGAAGGUGCCUACUGCUGGUGAUCCCAACAUCCCUGAGUCCGUACGGCUUGCAAGAGAGGCCCACAGGUUGAUUGGGAUCAAGGCAAACAUUGGCAAUGGAGAGGAGACCUUUGAUCCAGUCAAAGGUUACAUCGAUGAUGAGGAUGAUGAGGACUUGGAGAACGCUUUGAAUCCAGGAGCAAAAUCAAGCAAAAACACGGCAUCAAUGUCCGACUCAACUGCCAUCAUCGGCGAUGACAAACAAGAACCCAUUGUCGUGACAACAACACCAGCAAGAAAGAGAUCUUAUGGAAGGCUGAAGAAGGAAAUUACUGAACAGGAUGCUGUUCUUAAGGAUUACCUCAUGCAAAAGGAUAAGAGGGAAGCUGAAAGAGACAAGAACGCUGAUGAGAGGGAAGCUGAAAGAGUGAAACGCGAAGACGCUAGAGAUGAACAUUGGCUUACCAUGGCGGAAACCAUUGCAAUGGCGCUUGCUGGUAACAUCAACAAGCGCCAGCGCGCAGGCACUGAAUCMCAUGGUGAUAGCGACUAAUUUUGAUCUUCCGAUUAGCUCACUUAAACAAUUAAAGGACCAACGCCGAUUAGUUAGUAAACAGCAGCAAAAAGCAAAAUAAAGCAAAAUAAUGAGC